AUGCACAACAACGAAGGUAAAGUUGAUGAAAGUGACUACUUCCUCACCGAUUUCGGUGAUUUUUGUAUGUUUUGUGAAAGUAUUUUGAGCAGUUCCUUCUUCUAAUGGGUACGUUGGACAGAAAUAUUUUAUUGAUAAGUUAAAAUUUUCAUAAAAUCGUGUUUACGGGAUAAAGAUAAUUCAUUCACGUUGUGAAUUUACAUAUUUGUAAGUAAAAAGACAUCAUAGUUAAUUAUGCUGUUCAUAAAAAUAUAUUUCAAUCAAUCUUUUAAUACUUUUAAGGUGUUAAUAUUUAGACAAAUAUGUACUAAAUUUUUCAUUCCAAUUUCCGUUAGUCGUUGUUUUAAAUUUGCUGUUUAUAUUCCUUCAUUGAUAAAGUACCAUUCAAUUCAAUAAAUAAUUCUCGAAACAGGGCUGGCAACACUGUUCAUAUUUUUUAAAUUUUAAUUUUCGCCACUAGUAGUGCUGCAGUCGCAAAAUCGGUAAGAUAGAGUGUGACACGAAAAUGGUAUGGUUCUGAGGACCGUAUUACCAUGGCCGAAGAAAUACAUUAGAUGUGUGGUCUAUCUAUAUACCUUGGUAUAGCGACGAAGAGAAAAAGGAAUAAAUUAUGUCACGUGUCUUUGUUUAUGUCUCUGUUUUUCUGUGAUUUCGUUUCUCUUUUCUAAAUUUUUUAAAAGGAUAGUUAUAGGAAAUUAAUUUGACGUUAAUUUAUUUAGUUGAUACUGUAAUAAGAUGCUAUCUAUGCAAACGAUAGAUAGUAAAAUUUCCGACUCAGGCUAUGAGUCAUUUUAUAAACUUCAUCAGGAUACUGGUUCAUAUUGUUGUUAAAAUGCGACUUGAGUUACGGAUAAAGUUGUAAUAAUCAAUGAAUUUUGUAAAUUUAUUAUUAAUAUGAAUCAGAAGCAUCGGGAAACACUAGACUCCUGUUGCGAGAAAAUUAUAUCUAAAGUAAACAUAAUUAGAUUGUGGCCAAAGCUUCUUGAAAACAAAGUUUUUAAUAGAGAUGACGUGAAUAUUUCGCGUUGGAAGAAAAAUCUCACAGAAGAAGCAACUAUCCGUGAUAUAUAUUUGACCAUAAAAACACGUGGACCAUUUGCUUUUAAUCGGUUUCUUGAAAGUUUAAAACAAAGUAAUCAUGAAGAUUUAGCAGAUAUUUUAGAAGGAAGAAGAACUAUACUUUUUAAUAAUGAUGAACAAAGAGAUAUUAAUCAUAUUGAAAUUACAAAGGAUAAUAAUGUAGAAGAACCUACUUAUAUCGGAACUGAAGAAGGACCACAGGGUGACUUUUUCCGUAAUAUACAAGUAUUAGAAGAACCAUUACAAAUUUCUGUACGAAAAGCCACAUCAUUUUUAGACGAUGCUGCAUAUGAAAAUGUGCAGACAUAUCCAAUGCGCAGCAAACCACGUGGCCUAGUCUUAAUAAUAACAAAUAUUGAUUACGCGCAUCCAGAUAAAGAACCUAGAACUUCGGCAGUAUAUGACGAGUUGAAUCUGAAGCAGCUUUUUGAACAAAUGGGUUUUCAUGUUUUCUCCUCUCGCAAUUUAACAGCGCAGGAAAUGUUAAACGAAAUUAAAGAAUUUUCUAAACAUAAAGAACUACGUAAGGUAGAUUCAUGUUUUGUUAUAAUUAGUAGUCACGGUAACAUUAGUACUGAGUAUGAAAUUACAGAAAUAGAGGGUGUGGAAAAACACAAUUUGGACACAGUACAAAGUCAGGUGCAAAGAAGCAAAAAUCAGUAAAGGAACCUAGAUACACAACAGAUAUAUCUAAUUUUCAACAAUCUUCUGAUGAAAUGAUUCAUUUUAGAAGAAAUAAUAGGGAAAUGUUAAGAAGUUAUGAAGAUAUGCUACUUGUCUAUGCUACCCUUCCAGGAUACGUUGCUUUCCGGGAUACAAUAACUGGUAGUUGGUUCAUACAAAUUUUAUGUGAAGUAUUUAUGAAAUAUGCUCAUAAAGCUCAUCUUCAGGAUUUACUAAACAUGGUUGAUGAAAGAUUAAAAAUACAAAGAACGAAUGGAGGAGAAUGUCAAACAUUAACGGUAACAUCGAUCGGAUUCAAUAAACAUUGUUAUCUUAAUCCUGGUCUUUUUCAACAAACAUGAUCGUAAAAACUUGCCAUUGAACAAAACGCGUAAUUUAUACAUGUAGAUUAAUAUUUUUUAUACAAAUAUUAUCUGUUUUUAACAAUUGAAUAAAUCGGACAAAUUUUAUAUAUCGAAUAAGUUUACGUUUAUUAAAUUUUAUAAAAUAUAAUAAGAAAUGUGUAAACUUUACGUUUUUCUUUGUGUGUGUGUGUGUGUAUGUACG